AUGGGCAUGAUCAGCGAGUUGCCAGAUGAUUUGCUCUUGAAGAUACUGUCAUCACUUUUUCCCGAAGAUUUGAUAGCCACGAGUGUCUUGUCCCGGCGGUGGCGGUCUCUAUGGAAGUUGGUGCCUAAACUAAAUAUCGGUGAGCAGCAUAGAACUAAAUAUUCCAUGAGAGAUGUUGAUAUGAUUUACAGUUCUUUGGCGUUUAGUAAUCCUCAGGUUCUAAGAAGCUUGGAUUUCAAGCUUAUCUCAUAUGAUUCUGAAUGGCUCGAGUAUUGGACCAAACCCACAGUUUAUCACGGUUUAAGAGAGCUGAGAUUCGAGUUGGUUUACAGAUCCCUUAAAUUUCCGACUCGCUUGUAUGUUUGUAAAACCCUUGAGACCUUGAUACUUUGCAAACUACAUCUCGUGGACGUUCCGCCUUGGGCUUGUUUCUUGUCCCUCAAGACUCUUCACCUUUUAUCCGUGAAUUUCUCACACGAAGAAUCUGUUCAAAAGCUUCUAAGUAUCUGUCCGGUACUUGAAGAUUUGGUUGUAAGACGUUCCACGUAUGUUAGUGUGGAGGUUUACACUAUCAACGUUCCUACUUUGAGGAGUUUAUCUAUAGAUUAUUUACAUGCUGCGUCUCCACCCGCGGGUGUUCAUGGAUUUGUUAUCAAUGCUCCUUCUUUAAAGUACUUGAACAUUAGAGACCAUGUUAGUAACUUUCUAAAGUUCUCAAAUAUGCCAAAGCUAGUCAAGGCGAAUGUCGAGGUUGUUUGUGAUCAAUCCAAAAGUCUACUAGGAUCUCUUGCCUCGAUCCAACAUCUCUCUUUGUGUUCCAAAAAUUUAAACAUUCCAUACCAUGCAGACACUUUCUUCUUGUUUCUUGAACAUCUUGAGCUUUGUACAUGUUCUGCGGAAUGGUGUGAUUCACUUACUCGUAUACUCAAAGAGGCACCAAGACUUCGAGUUCUCAAGCUUAAGUCGAUACAUUGUACCAGUUACAAUGACUCAAUGGAAUGCUGGAACCAGCCGAGUUCUGUUCCUGAAUGUUUGUCAUCCCAUCUCCAGAUUUUGGAGUGGAGACGUUACAAAGGCACAAAGCUAGAGAAACAAUUGGCAAAGUACAUCCUAGCAAAGGCAGGUCAUCUAAAGAUGGCGACAUUCUCUUCAAAAGCUACAGAGGAGCAUCAGAUGUUCAAGAAGUUAGAAUCUGUGCCCAUAUGUUCAAAGUCAUGCCAACUUUUGUUUGACUGA